GCUUCUUUCACUUUUUUAUCUUUGUCUAUUUUAUUACCGUAGAGAGUGUCAUCGCCACUACGUCGACAAGCUAAAUCUGUAGCUGUAUAGAAUCAAUGAGUCAGGAAGUACAACAUCAGCAACCUGUGCGCCAGCUUGGCGUAACACCCCCUAUCUCUUCUGCUCCGCCUACAGAACAAGAAUUGAAGUUGACUGAUGAUCUGUUGAAAACGUUGAAAGAUUUUGGCUUAUUCGAGAGCGAACAAGAAGCACAGAAACGUGUUGUCGUAUUGGGAAAGUUAGAUAAGCUUGUAAAGGAAUUUGUCUAUAAAGUGAGCAAAUUGAAAGGCUUCCCUGAUUCCUUAGCAAGAGAAGCAGGUGGGAAGAUUUUUACGUACGGUAGUUAUAGAUUGGGUGUCCAUGGCGCUGGUGCCGAUAUCGAUACCUUAUGUGUCUUUCCUAAGCACGUUGAACGAGAACAUUUUUUUACCAUUAUGUAUGACAUGCUAAAAGAAAGACCUGAAGUAACUGAAAUAGCAGCUGUUCCAGACGCAUAUGUUCCAGUCAUCAAAAUGCACUUCUCUGGAAUUCCUAUCGAUUUUAUUUGUGCACGACUUGCAGUAGCUCAAGUGCCUGACGACUUAGAAUUAGCAGACAAUAAUAUUCUCAAAAGUCUAGAUGAACGAUGCGUCCGUAGUUUAAAUGGUUCCAGAGUUACUGAUGAUAUUUUACGUCUUGUUCCCAAUGUGAACACCUUCAGAAUUGCACUAAGAACGAUCAAAUUAUGGGCAAAAAGCCGUGGAAUUUACAGUAACGUCAUGGGAUUCUUGGGUGGUGUUGCUUGGGCCAUGUUAACAGCACGUAUUUGCCAACUUUAUCCCAAUGCCUGUUCGGCAUCCAUUGUCAACAGAUUUUUUUCGAUUAUGUCACGUUGGAAAUGGCCUCAACCUGUUUUGUUACGACCUUUAGAAGAUGGGCCGUUGCAGGUACGCGUAUGGAACCCUAAGCUAUAUCCUGCCGACAGAAGUCAUCGUAUGCCAAUCAUUACACCAGCCUAUCCUUCUAUGUGCGCCACUCACAAUGUCACCGAUUCCACUCGUAGUAUCAUGAUGAAUGAAUUUAAGAUAGGUCUUGAAAUUGUAGAAAAGAUCAUGAUGGGAAAAGGAGAAUGGAAAGAGUUAUUUCAGAAGAGCAAAUUCUUCCAUGCUUACAAGCACUAUCUACAAAUCACGUCAUCUUCCGAUUCUUCUGAAUCGCAGCUUAUGUGGUCAGGUCUGGUAGAGGCCAAAUUACGUCAGUUAGUUUUGAAAUUAGAGUUGGUGGAUAUGAUUACAUUAGCCCACCCCUAUGUUAAAGGCAUAGACAAGAUUCAUUAUUGUUUAACAGCAGAGGAAGUGGAUGCAGUGAACAAAGGCGGAUUUUUGCCUGAUCGAUCUUUUACUGUGGAAGAAGGAAGUCUUGAAACCAAUCAUAUGGAUUUGCUAAAGGCGAACGGCGUUGUGAAAGAAGAAAAUGAAAAUGAUGUAACAAGAGUUUUCACUACUACAUUUUACAUUGGUUUUGUAACAGCUCCAAAAGUUGCCGGCGAGAAUAGAAAGUUGAACCUCGUUUGGCCUGUGCAAGAAUUCACCAAGUUGGUCAAGGCUUGGGAUAAAUUUGAUGAAGCUCAAAUGAAGAUUCACGUUCAAAGCGUUAAAGGAUCGAAGUUACCAGCCGAGUUAGUAGGUGAAGGACGAAAUCUGAAAAGAACACAGGAAAAAGUGAAGACCAUUACGUCUUCCGAACAACCCAACAAAAAGGUAUGACUUUAUUAUCCUCUUCCUCUUCGACUUACAUAGGCUGUUUGAUAAGAUUGAUUUCCUCUUUGCGAUUAGGCAAAAACCAGCGUUGCUACCAACAAUAAUAGCAGCUUGAAUAAGAAUACCAAGGAUGUGACAGGUAUCAAUUCAAUUACUAAUGAUAAUAACAUAGAGAAAAAGCAUAACCUUAUUACUGCCACCACUGCAGCUUCCAUCAUUCAGCAAGAAGAAGUCCUAUCUUCUCAAACAGAAGAUAAAUCAGCAACACCAACACCCACGACAACAGCAACUAAUGUUUCCCCAGCUGAGGGUCUAUCUACUUCUGUGUCGUAGACAUGGCUCAAAGCUUCUUAGUUGUAAGGACAGAUGUAUAUAAAUAUAGUCAUUAAUAGUUUUCUUUACAAGCUAAUCAGUUAUCAAACCACAAAAUCCCUACUACAUAUAAAUAAAUACACGCUAAUGCAUAAUAACGCUUACAUUGAGAAAAAGAUGUAGUCAAGUCAUAG